AUGGCGGCGCUCAGGGCUCUGUGCAGCCUGCGGGGCGUCGCGGCCCAGGUGCUGCGGCCGGGGGCCGGAGCCCGACUGCCGAUUCAGCCCAGCAGAGGCGCUCGGCAGUGGCAGCCAGAUGUGGAAUGGGCAGAGCAGUAUGGAGGUGCUAUCAUGUACCCCACCAAGGAAACGGCCCACUGGAAACCUCCCCCUUGGAAUGAUGUGGACCCUCCAAAGGACACACUGGUGUCGAACCUGACCCUGAACUUUGGGCCCCAGCACCCAGCAGCCCAUGGAGUCCUGCGGCUAGUGAUGGAAUUGAGUGGGGAGAUGGUGCGCAAGUGCGACCCUCACAUCGGGCUGCUGCACCGAGGCACUGAGAAACUCAUUGAAUACAAGACCUAUCUGCAGGCCCUUCCAUACUUUGACCGGCUGGACUAUGUAUCCAUGAUGUGUAAUGAACAGGCCUAUUCACUGGCCGUGGAGAAGCUGCUCAACAUCCAGCCUCCUCCUCGUGCACAGUGGAUCCGAGUGCUCUUUGGAGAAAUCACUCGACUUUUGAACCACAUCAUGGCUGUGACCACACAUGCCCUGGACAUUGGGGCUAUGACCCCUUUCUUCUGGAUGUUUGAAGAAAGGGAGAAGAUGUUCGAGUUCUACGAGCGAGUGUCUGGAGCCCGGAUGCAUGCUGCUUACGUCCGGCCGGGAGGUGUGCACCAGGACCUACCCCUUGGGCUUAUGGAUGACAUUUAUGAGUUUUCUAAGAACUUUUCUCUUCGGAUUGACGAGCUGGAGGAGAUGCUGACCAACAAUAGGAUCUGGCGAAAUCGGACCGUCGACAUUGGGGUGGUAACAGCAGAAGACGCGCUGAACUAUGGUUUUAGUGGGGUGAUGCUCCGGGGCUCAGGCAUCCAGUGGGACCUGCGGAAGACCCAGCCCUAUGAUGUUUACGACCAGGUGGAGUUUGAUGUGCCUAUUGGCUCUCGAGGGGACUGCUAUGAUAGAUACCUGUGUCGGGUGGAGGAGAUGCGCCAGUCCAUCCGAAUCAUCUCACAGUGUCUGAACAAGAUGCCUCCUGGGGAGAUCAAGGUUGAUGAUGCCAAAGUGUCUCCACCGAAACGAGCAGAAAUGAAGACAUCUAUGGAGUCACUGAUUCAUCACUUUAAGUUGUACACUGAGGGCUACCAGGUUCCCCCAGGCGCCACAUACACAGCCAUCGAGGCUCCCAAGGGAGAGUUUGGCGUGUACCUGGUAUCUGACGGUAGCAGCCGCCCUUAUCGAUGCAAGAUCAAGGCUCCUGGUUUUGCUCACCUGGCUGGUCUGGACAAGAUGUCUAAGGGACACAUGUUGGCGGACGUCGUUGCGAUCAUAGGUACCCAAGAUAUUGUGUUUGGAGAAGUAGAUCGGUGA